GAUCACUGAACCUAAUUUCAGUAAUUGUGCUUCAUUAUUUCUCUGUAGAAGACCAUGGAGCACGAGCUGAACAUGAUCAUGGUGGCCUGUGAGCAGUCGCAGCUCAUGGCAAAUCUAGCCCGGUUAAUCAAGGUCAAGAAAGCUAUUGAAAUUGGUGUUUAUACGGGAUAUAACGCGUUGAGUAUCGCCCUCACGCUGCCUGAAGACGGGAAGCUGAUCGCGUGUGACGUCAGCGAGGAGUACAUCGACAUCGGCAGACCCUUCUGGAGACUGGCCUGUGUUGAGCACAAAAUAGACGUGCGUCUGAAGCCAGCACUGCAAACUCUUGAUGAGCUUCUGGCCGCUGGUGAAGCAGAGACCUUUGAUUUUGUCUUCAUUGACGCUGACAAAGUCAACUACGACAACUACUACGAGAAAUCCCUGCAGCUGGUCAGGAAAGGAGGAAUAAUCGCUAUAGAUAACGUGCUGUGGAGCGGUCGAGUGGUGAACCCAGAAGAAGGCGACAUCGACUCCAUCAGCAUUGAUAAACUGAACAAGAAGCUCCAUCGAGACGUCAGAAUCCAGCUCAGCAUGUUAACUGUAGGAGACGGGCUCACAUUAGCAUUCAAAAUAUGACUUUACAGUGACAUACCACCAUAACACACUGAAGAAAACAUCUGAAAUCAUUCAUUUAGGCUGCUUAACUGAGAAUAUGCUUUGUGAUAAUUGAAAGUUUUGUAUUCAAUUGUUCAUGGUGCCAACUAUUGAUUGUUUCUGAAAUUACAUUUCAAAUAUGUAUUUGUGGUAUACAUUUUUUUUUUAAUAAACAAAGCUACUGCACUGGAA